CGCACGUAGAUCAUCAAGUGCACCUGUUUUAGCGUAUGAGCGUAGGUUGGUGAGAGUGACAAAGGAACAGAAUUGUAGAGUCAAAGAUGAGUGUCACUAUUUCCGGAGCGGAAUGAGGCAAAGCUUUUAGCUUCAGUGAGAAUGAAGCAGCGUGGUAGCCAACGAAGAGUGUAGCUUCUAGUACCUAUUUUUACGAGCGAGCGCAGCGUGUGGUCACUUACAGAGUAGUUCUUCUUAGCACCCAGAUAUAUGGAGAGAGGUAUAGCUCUUUUGAUUACAGUUACCUGGUGUAGUUGUGCUUUCAUUCGCUCCAAGCUUACCGUUCCGAGUCGAAAGUUUUCCGCAAUCUACUACGCUAUAGGAAACUGACGGAGUGGUCCCUUGCUGCUCUAGCACCAAGUUUAUUUUCAAGAUCAAGAACAGGAUUCCAAGAAUCCGCACACCGACAUCAAACACUUCAAAUUGAAGGGACACGUCUCACGCUAUCAAGACUCAUCCGUCGGGGCUUCGGCCCCCUGUCUCCACCGCCCAGACGUGGACACCGCACCAAUCCGCCGCGUCCAGCACAGCGCUGGGAAGUACCGACUGCCUCAAACCCCACGGCCAGAACCAUCGAGACUAAGAAGCGUGGCCAUGUGGCGACUUCUGCUCCCCUCGCUGGUCGCCAACACGUCUCCCGCGGGCUUCGCUGCGGGCUAUGUUUGGUUACCCAAGAACCAUGGACGUGUUUCGGCAGCGAUAACCUGGAUCACCGGCCCAACGUUCGUCUACCUCACCGCGGGUAGUACCAAGGUGGCUAACAAGAAGGAGUCGGGUUCGCAGCACGAGGAAGAACUGGUGAUGUCGGACGAAGUGGCGUUUUCUGGAGACAUCAUUGGACAGGAGGACACGAUGCGGCCGUCGAUGUUUCUGCAGAAAAAGAUCCAGCGGAGUAUGGCGCUCCGGCCGUUCAACAUCACCAUGCUGAACAAGAUGCGCGAUCUGGAAGUGUCCCACCAGCACCGAAAUGAGGCGAAGGAAGGACUCGCGGACCACCUCGAAGCGGAAGAACUGGAGGACCUGGAGGAGUACUUUCUGACGGGCGGGACGGUGGACCAGCUGUUUUCGCCGUCGCCCCAUGCUCUCUUGCAGGUGGAAGCACUAUCCAAACACAGCACGCCAUUAUUUUUACCAUAGCGGAUGCAUAACCUUCGUUCGCCGCGAACGAAGGUUAUGCAUGUUGAAUGAGUACGCAGUGACCUGGCGUCAAAGUGCGGCCAGCCUGUCCCUGUUCUCUGAUGCCCCACCGAUAAAAUGGCUUUGCGAAGUUCCAGUUGUAGUAUUUGUAGAUGUGCUAGGCAUGCUUCUUUGAUCACUUCUACUUCUAUUUUUUGGAUUUGACAUUGUAACAUAUACGAGGGCCAGGCAUGCUUCUUUUAUCAGACCGCCACCUGACGUGUAUGCACAGGCCACGAGUUCGGGUUUGCGUCUUUGUGGUACAGGUAGUGCGUUUUUUACUGUGAUGCAGCGCUCAUGGCACCAGGGAAAAACACAAGAAGCGUUUGGAGCAUAUGGAAACAGCCCUAUUGAUUUGCUGCAAAGAAUUUGAAUUUGAUGAACACUCCCAAAAACCACUGAAAGUCGUGACGAUCGAAGAGAACAUCCGCACACGAGCGAAGACGGGCAAACUCGACUGGAGGUGGAACCACAUCUGCUUCAAGCGGCAGUUGGAAUCAGGGCAGAAAAAUCCUUUCAACAGUAACUGGGUCAAACGGAAACAAAAAAAGUCCAAGACGAACAAAGCGGAGGCCUUCAUUUGCUACUGCCAUGACGACGAGUACGCCUUCCACAUCAAGUAUGACGCCCUCAACAUAUGAUGGUGGAAAGCCCCCCUUCCCUCUGAUGCCUCUCGCAAAUAAAAGUGCCAAAGUCAGUCUUUGCUAUUUUCUAGUGUUCGCGUGACAAGUUCCAGGGGCCGUAACUGUAAACGCAGUUGCGGUUUGAAGACUUUGUCAUACAAAAGCUGCAGCAUUUUUUCAGUUUAAGCUGCUCCCGUUUCUACAGAUGCAGUGCGUAUGCGGGAGGGAGGGGUUGUCCACUUUCGUACACCGAAGAUCCACCACUCGGCGAUCCAACGAACCAGGGGCUGAAAACAAAGCUGAACACUCUGCACGGGAGCCACACAGCAAACAAACAGCAAAACAUCCAUGCGGGCACAUUCUCUGGAUUGACCCGUCAGACGACAGGAUUAAGCGACUACAUCUGCGAGGUGGGCAAGAAGCUGGACAAUAAAGAUGCGGCCCCAGCAGCGGCACACGGCAACCACAAGUCCAAAGCUGUGCAGGAAUUCGAAGCUGCGGAGGAGAGGUUCCAAAACCUCCCCCGGAGAUGGCACGGCGCAGGGGGCUUGCACAUCCCCGCGAAUCUCCACCACAUGACCCGAGGACCCUCUUCUCUUCAUGAUGAUCAUGAUCGGUCUCAAGAAAAAGAACUCGUCACGAACACGGAUGCGGAACAAGAAUAAAAGCUCACAACGGAUGCGGAACAAGCAAAUCGUGCCCAUGUUGCGUGUCUUGCCUAGCAAACCAAGACCAACAAAUAAUUACAGGAACGAGCGCGGUAGCGUCAAUUCGAACGCAAUUUCGAUGUUGCGCGACCCAGAAUAAACAACAAUAGGUACGGGAUUUCCCGGCCCCGGAGAAGGAGAUGGGCGUCGACUUAUCAAAACCGGUUCCACAUCCACUACGAACAAUGCGAUCUUUUGUUCCGGUACUUUUCAUCGUCCUGAUGAUCGUUUCCCAAGGAAACAAGGACGGGAAGAGCACGAGCAUGAUACUGCCAAACAAGGACGGGAGGCAGGGGAGCAUGCGGUUUUUUUGAACACCAACAUGAAAAAAUGAAAGCAUGACUGUGGCAACAACGCCUGAGAAAAGUAAAGUACUUACCUACUUACUAUCUUCCUCGGAGGAAAAAAAUCGAAAAAGACAUCAAAGGAAAUGAUUAGAAAAGAAGUCUGGCCUUGCAACUUUUCACAUACUGCAUCCAAUCGCAAACGAGCGACGAAAAACAAACGGGCGAGGAAUAGCUCACGGCCCGACUGAUCGCUAUUCAAGAAGACCACGAUGCCGACACAUUUCUUUUUUUUCCACAUCUUCUAAAAUCAACCAUAUCCCUCCAGCACCGAAUCAAG